AUAGAGAGAGCUUCAUCGCAGAAACCCCCUAAAGUGCUUUAUCCGAGGAGGACAACUACUGCCUUCUUCCCUUUGUUUUGGCCAACUACUUCCUCCACCUACUCCCUUUUCUCUCAAUCCAUCUCUUCCCCAAUUCAGUCUUUUUUCUCACUUUCAUUCUUCAGUCCCUCCCUUCUCUCCAAGGCUCUCUGUUUCCAUAUCUCCUCCCCCGUCUUCUAUCUUUCCGUCUCCUGCCGUCCGGUCUGUCGCGUGUCCCAUAUAGACCUUGCUCUUUAUGGCUGAGUGAAGUGACCAGCCAGGGACUCUGGUGGAGUGAGUGACCAGCCAGGGACUCUGGUGGAGUGAGUGACCAGCCAGGGACUCUGGUGGAGUGAGUGACCGGCCAAGGACUGUGGAGGACUUUACGUGGGAGUAAGGAUGGCGGUGAACUUUUCGGAGGUUUGGGGUCGGGUAAAGAAUGUGUGUGCGCAGAACGGGCUCCUCAUCCUGUCUGUGUUGGCCGUUGUCAUUGGCUGCAUGAUGGGGUUCCACCUGCGAGGAAAGCAGCUCUCAGACCAGGAGGUGAAAUAUUUCCAGUUUCCUGGAGAGCUCCUGAUGAGGAUGUUAAAGAUGCUCAUUCUUCCCCUCGUCGUCUCCAGUUUGAUGUCGGGGCUGGCAGCCCUGGACGCCAAGUGUUCCAGCCGCCUGGGCAUCAUGACCGUCUCCUACUACCUGUGGACCACCUUCGUGGCGGUGGUGGUGGGCAUCCUCAUGGUUACCAUCAUCCACCCAGGUGGCGCCGCCCAGAAGGAGGACAACGAGGACAGCGGCAAGCCAAUCAUGAGCUCCGCUGAUGCCCUGCUUGAUCUGAUUCGCAACAUGUUUCCAGCCAACUUGGUCCAGGCAACUUUCCAACAGUACCGCACCAGGAGUAUCCCCAUCAUGAAGACCCCUCCGCCCACGGUGACAGCUCCCCUGAUGGAGAGCACCACCCGGAGGGUCUAUAUCUACGGUGUCCAGGACGACAACGGAACAGACGUCCAGAACUUCUCCCUGGACCUGACGCCCCCGCCAGACGUCCAGAUGCGCACGCUGCCCGGGACCAGCGACGGCAUGAACGUCCUGGGGAUCGUCAUCUUCUCCGCCACAAUGGGUAUCAUGCUGGGUAGAAUGGGGCCUAAUGGCAGCGCCCUGGUCAACUUCUGUCAGAGUUUAAACGAGGCUGUGCUGAAGAUUGUCGCCAUAGUGAUCUGGUACUUCCCGUUCGGCAUCGUGUUCCUGGUGGCCGGUAAGAUCCUAGAGAUGGAUGACCCGUCAGCCAUGGGGAAGAAGCUGGGUUUCUAUGCCAUCACUGUGGUGAUGGGCCUGAUCCUCCAUGGUCUCUUCAUCCUCCCGGCCAUGUACUUCUUCAUCACCAAGAAGAGCCCCAUCGUCUACAUCAGGGGCAUCCUGCAGGCCCUGCUCAUCUCCUUGGCAACCUCCUCCAGCUCGGCCACGCUGCCCAUCACUUUCAAAUGCCUCCUGGAGAACAACCACAUCGACCGACGCAUCAUCCGCUUCGUGCUCCCUGUGGGCGCCACCAUCAACAUGGACGGGACAGCGCUCUACGAGGCCGUGGCAGCCAUCUUCAUCGCCCAGGUCAACAACUACGAGCUAGACUUCGGCCAGAUCAUAACCAUCAGUAUCACAGCUACGGCUGCCAGUAUUGGUGCAGCUGGAAUCCCGCAGGCCGGAUUGGUCACCAUGGUGAUCGUGUUAACCUCGGUGGGCCUGCCCACUGAUGACAUCACUCUCAUCAUUGCUGUAGAUUGGGCGUUGGACCGUUUCAGGACCAUGGUCAACGUGAUGGGAGAUGCCCUGGCCACGGGGAUCAUGGCUCACAUCUGUAGAAAAGACUUCGUCAAGGAAGGAGAGCAGGUGCCUCUGAUCUGUGAGACCAAGCCCAUGAUCAGCAUCCAGCAGAUGAUGACGUACCAGAAGAACGGUGGGUACCAGCACCCUCCCUGCGGACCAGAGGGCCCGGACGUGGCUCGUCUGAUGCAGCUGGAAGAGGGGUUACGGCCGGAGCAGAGGAAAAGGAACCCCCACGCUCCCCAACAAAAGAGGGAGCACAAGGAUAAGGACCACUGCUCCAUCGACAUGAAUGGCCUGGAGACUAACGUAUAGAGGGAGCCAGUCAUCAGCACCACAGCAACCGGCUGCGUCCCGAUUCUCCACAUUUCUCUAGUAGUGGGCACAUGCAUACUCUCCGUCACGAAUCUAACAGUGGUGGAUCUAACAACUCCCUCCAGCCAAUGGUUACACCAGUUCAAUGUUUUUAACACCAUGACAAGGAGUGGGAAAGUGCAUACUUUGGACAAAGGUGGACAAUCAGAAUGCAGCCAAGAUUCUAGCUACAGGUGAGAGGAGGGGACUGACUGACCAACUGCAACAGAUGCAGGAGGAGGAUCCAACAAGAAAAUGUGAUUUUCUACAUGAUUUAUAUUACGACCCAGUAUGAUUGUGCAUGUGUGUGUAUGUACUUAUCAGAGUUGUUACACGACAGCAGAAUGAUUUUAGAGAAACAUUCUAUAUAAUGAGGAGGCAUUCUAUAUGAUGAGGAGACAUUCUAUAUGAUGAGGAGACAUUCUAUAUGAUGAGGAGACAUUCUAUAUGAUGAGGAGACAUUCUAUAUGAUGAGGAGACAUUCUAUAUGAUGAGGAGACAUUCUAUAUGAUGAGGAGACAUUCUAUAUGAUGAGGAGACAUUCUAUAUGAUGAGCAGACAUUCUAUAUGAUGAGGAGACAUUCUAUAUGAUGAGGUGACAUUCUAUAUGAUGAGGAGGCAUUCUAUAUGAUGAGGAGACAUUAUAUAUGAUGAGGAGACAUUCUAUAUGAUGAGGAGGCAUUCUAUAUGAUGAGGAGGCAUUCUAUAUGAUGAGGAGACAUUCUAUAUGAUGAGGAGACAUUCUAUAUGAUGAGGAGACAUUCUAUAUGAUGAGGAGACCGGUCCUUCUGUAGCUCAGUUGGUAGAGCAUGGCGCUUGUAACGCCAGGGUAGUGGGUUCGAUCCCCGGGACCACCCAUAUGUAGAAUGUAUGCACACAUGACUGUAAGUCGCUUUGGAUAAAAGCGUCUGCUAAAUGGCAUAUAUACAUAUAUAGGAGACAUUCUAUAUGAUGAGGAGGCAUUCUAUAUGAUGAGGAGACAUUCUAUAUGAUGAGGAGACAUUCUAUAUGAUGAGCAGGCAUUCUAUAUGAUGAGGAGACAUUCUAUAUGAUGAGGAGACAUUCUAUAUGAUGAGCAGGCAUUCUAUAUGAUGAGGAUACAUUCUAUAUGAUGAGCAGGCAUUCUAUAUGAUGAGGAGACAUUCUAUAUGAGGAGCAGGCAUUAUAUAUGAUGAGGAGACAUUCUAUAUGAUGAGGAGCAGGCAUUCUAUAUGAGGAGCAGGCAUUCUAUAUGAUGAGAAGGCAUUCUAUAUGAUGAGGAGGCAUUCUAUAUGAGGAGCAGUCAUUCUAUAUGAUGAGGAGACAUUCUAUAUGAUGAGGAGACAUUCCAUGUGACAAUGACACAUUCCAUAUGACAAGGGGACAUUCUAUAUGACAAGGAGAGCUUCUAAAUGAUGAGGAGACAUUCCAUGUGAUAAUGACACAUUCCAUAUGACAAGGGGACAUUCUACAUGACAAGGAGAGCUUCUAAAUGAUGAGGAGACAUUCCAUGUCACAAUGACACAUUCUAUAUGACAAGGAUAAAUUAUUUUUGACAAAGAAACAUUCUAUAUGACAAGGAGACAGUCUAUAGGAUGAAUAGACAUUCUAAAUGACAAGGAGAAAUUUUAUAUGUUGAGGAAACAUACCAUGUGUCAAUGAAACAUUCUAUAUGGCAAGCAGACAUUCUAUUCGAUGGGCAGACAUUCUAUACGAUGAGGAGACAUUGUAAACGACAAGGAGAUAUUCUAUAUGAUGAGCUGACAUUCUAUAGGAUGAAGAGACAUUCUAUAUGAAGAGCAGACAUUCUAUAUAAUGAGGAGACAUUCUAUAUGACAAGGAGACAUAAAUGAUGAGGAGACAUUUUAAAUGCCUAGGAGACAUUCUAUACGAUGAGGAGUCUUUUCAUAUGAAGAGCAGACAUUCUUUAUGAAAAGCAGACAUUCUAUAUAUUGAGACGUUCUAUAUGACAAGGACACAUUGUAUGUGAAGAGCAGACAUUCUAUAUAUUGAGACGUUCUAUAUGACAAGGAGUCUUUUCAUAUGAAGAGCAGACAUUCUUUAUGAAAAGCAGACAUUCUAUACAUUGAGACGUUCUAUAUGACAAGGCCACAUUGUAUGUGAAGAGCAGACAUUCUAUACAAUGAGGAGUUGUUCUAUAUGACAAGGAGACAUUCUAUAUGACAAGCAGAUAUUCUAUACAAUGAGGAGACAUUCUAUAUGACAAGGAGAUAUUCUAUAUGAAGAGCAGACAUUCUACAUGAUGAGCACCCAUUCUAUACAAUGAGGAGACAUUCUAUAUAUGAUGAGAUGAGACAUUCUAUAUGAUAUGGAGACAUUCUAUAUAUGAUAUGGAGACAUUCUAUAUAUGAUAUGGAGACAUUCUAUAUGAUAUGAAGACUUUCUAUAUGAUAUGGAGACAUUCUAUAUAUGAUAUAGAGAUAUUCUAUAUAUGAUAUGGAGACAUUCUAUAUGAUAUGGAUACAUUCUAUAUGAUAUGGAGACAUUCUAUAUGAUAUGGAGACAUUCUAUAUGAUAUGGAGACAUUCUAUAUGAUAUGGAUACAUUCUAUAUAUGAUAUGGAGACAUUCUAUAUGAUAUGGAGACAUUCUAUAUGAUAUGAAGACUUUCUAUAUGAUAUGGAGACAUUCUAUAUAUGAUAUAGAGAUAUUCUAUAUAUGAUAUGGAGACAUUCUAUAUGAUAUGGAGACAUUCUAUAUGAUAUGGAGACAUUCUAUAUGAUAUGGAGACAUUCUAUAUAUGAUAUGGAGACAUUCUAUAUGAUAUGGAGACAUUCUAUAUGAUAUGGAGACAUUCUAUAUAUGAUAUGGAGACAUUCUAUAUAUGAUAUGGAGACAUUCUAUAUGAUAUGGAGACAUUCUAUAUGAUAUGGAGACAUUCUAUAUGAUAUGGAGACAUUCUAUAUAUGAUAUGGAGACAUUCUAUAUGAUAUGGAGACAUUCUAUAUGAUAUGGAGACAUUCUAUAUGAUAUGGAGACAUUCUAUAUAUGAUAUGGAGACAUUCUAUAUGAUAUGGAGACAUUCUAUAUGAUAUGGAUACAUUCUAUAUAUGAUAUGGAGACAUUCUAUAUGAUAUGAAGACUCUCUAUAUGAUAUGGAGACAUUCUAUAUAUGAUAUAGAGAUAUUCUAUAUAUGAUAUGGAGACAUUCUAUAUGAUAUGGAGACAUUCUAUAUGAUAUGGAGACAUUCUAUAUAUGAUAUGGAGACAUUCUAUAUGAUAUGGAGACAUUCUAUAUAUGAUAUGGAGACAUUCUAUAUGAUAUGGAGACAUUCUAUAUGAUGAGGAGACGUUCUAUAUGAUGAGGAGACAUUCUAUAUAUGAUAUGGAGACAUUCUAUAUAUGAUAUGGAGACAUUCUAUAUGAUAUGGAGACAUUCUAUAUGAUGAGGAGACGUUCUAUAUGAUGAGGAGACAUUCUAUUCAAUGAGGAGACAUUUUAUAUGAAAAGCAGAUAUUCUAUACGAUGAGGAAACAUUCUAUACAUGAGAAGCAUACAUUUUAUACGAUGACAUAAGAGAUAAAGAAGAACUGUGGGAAUCUUCAGUCGGGGAUUGAGGAUCUGUGGACCUGUGGAUAAUGACAGGACAGCUAAGCUUGAGCCUUAGCCUUCCAUCUUAGCUAAUCAACAACCCCCUCACAAUGGAUGUGUCAGUCAGUCUGUCUGUCUGUCUGCUGAGCUGAGAGGUGAAUGUGACUCCACUCUCAUUACGCUUGUGGACUAUGGAUAAAUAGGAAGAACUCAUUUCUUUUUUGAAAAUAUUAUUGAAAUGUUAUUGAAAUUGUUAUAUUUUGCAUUGGUUUUUUUUCUUGUUGAAUUUUGUAUGUUUUUAUCAUUCAGUUCUUUUUCUGAAAAACAUCAUCACACAAACAAAUGUAAUGUUGCCUCAAAACCCCAUAUGGGUUAUGGUCAUAUUAGGCUCAUUGGUUAGUCUUAUAUACCCAGCAGGUUACUCUCACAAUCAACAUUGGAGAUAAUACAGUGAUUUACAGUAUGGCGGUACCCCUAAACAUAUGGGGGUACCCCUAAACAUAUAGGGGUACCCCUAAACAUAUGGGGGUACCCCUAAACAUAUGGGGGUACCCCUAAACAUAUGGGGGUACCCCUAAACAUAUGGGGGUACCCCUAAACAUUCAAGGCAAGAGCAGCGAGCUACAACUAAAUAACCACCGGUCAUACUCUGACUAUGUUUAUGAUAAUAUAUGCUGUAAAUAUAUUUAUUUCAAAAGUGAAAAGGAAUUUGUAGUUUGUAUAAACAGACAGUAUGAUUCAACAGGCGUCAUUAUAUUUCUGUCAUGAAAUUAACAUAAUUAUUAAUUGUUUCUUCUAGUCCAAUUGCACAAAAUGUAACCCCCUUUUCUGUAAAAAACAAACAAACAAACAAAAUAUAUAUAUAUAUAUAUUCUAAGGAAAAACAAAUACACAUAUUGUACUGUUGUGUAUUGCUUCUGUUGAUGAACUGAUUUUUUGGUGUUCUUAUGUGAAAUCAGUA